AUGUGUCUUGACGUAAUUGCAAGCCUUUUAUUCUUGGAGUUCUUGCAACGACUUUGGGAAAAGCAGAAACAAUUGGAGGAGCAAUUGAGGGAAAAGGAACGAUUAGAGGCACUCAGGAAGAAGGACAAGCACGAUCAUAGCGCCAUCGCUUCAACGGAGGUCAAACAACGUCUUCAGAAAGACAGCAUCGGAGCCGAACCUGAAGGUGCGACUAAAACAGCGCGUGGAGAGGAAUAUGGCGGCCUUGCGGCACUCGCCCCUGAUGGCACGAAGGAAGGAUCGUCUUCUGUCGCACCUCAAGCGGAAGUCGCUACUAGCAAGUACGUCACCUUCAUUUUACGCUCAAGAGGACCGUCUUCGGACGAACUCGCAAGACCAUCCUCCGCGCAUGCUGGUAGCAAUCCAGAAUCGGGGCCUAACUCACCGCCGACUGUUAAUAAUUCUCAGGCGAGUCCCACCGCAGGAAGCAAUACAGCGAUACAAGAGGAAAGCGAAAGUACGAGUUAUGGUGGCCCGCUGACGAGUAGUAGUCAACAGGGAAGUCUCUCGGAUCUUUCGUUAUUUAGUUCACCGUCCAUGCCCAAUAUCUCUUUGGGAAGACCUCAAAUUCCAUCCAGCUCGGCUCAGAGCGGAUCGAAAUUAGCACCAGUCUCUGAAGCUGAAGUUCGUGCCGCAUUUACGGCUCGUCUUGGUAUGCCAUUAACCGGUCAAAUGUUACCAGGCACAUUACCGUUCUAUCCAUCGCUGACGGUCAUCGAUGGAGAUCCUACGUACAUUCACAAACAAAUGCAAAAUUUGGAACAAGUGUCAGUAGGGAGCAGACAACAUCCGGUAUAUCAUACCGCGCCGAUUACGGAUACACAAGUAGCACAUACAAGACUGCAGAAGGCUAGUCACCGGCCUUUAGGUAGUAGAACUCAAUCCGCGCCAUUACCUCUUGGUCAUCCGAUGUUGCAAAGUGGUAUUAUGGCACCACCUGCGCAUUACGAGGAAUACCUGAUCGAGAAACAACACCAUGAUCAACAACAGGCGCACAAUUAUUUGAAACAACAGAUUCGUCAGACCGUAUUAACGCGGGUUAGUUCUCGAGGGCAGACCAAUCAGUUGGACGAAGCGCCAGAAAGCGAGGAAUCCGAAGUGAUAGAUCUUACGGGGAAAAAGGAUUUAUCGGAGGAGAGCGAAAUUUCGAAACAACAGAGGGACCGUGAACAGUUUUUGCAACAACAGAGAGAUCUGAUGAUGAGACACACCUUACAGACGAACGAGUCGACGGCCUAUCCUGGCGGAAGGAGUUCACAAUCCGCCAGACCACUCUCAAGAGCGCUCUCUAGUCCGUUGGUACAUUUAGGACCUCAGGGUGGCGGUGGUGAUAUGUUUGCUCGGGGCUCACCUCAUCGAGCUAACACAGGAUUGGCAUACGAUCAAUUGAUGCUAAAACACGCCUGUGUUUGUGGUGAAACUGUAAGGGGUCAUCCCGAACACGGUGGUAGAUUACAGAGCGUCUGGGCUAGACUAUCGGAAACGGGAUUAUCUCAGCGUUGCAGUCGAGUUCGUUCUCGUCAGGCUACACUUGAAGAAAUUCAAACGUGUCAUAGCGAGGCACACACGCUUUUAUUCGGAACGAAUCCUUUGAAUCGUCAAAAAUUAGACAUGUCGAAACUUCCACAAUUACCGAUCAUUGAAUUGCCUUGCGGAGGAGUAGGCGUUGAUUCCGAUACAACGUGGAACGAAUUAAAUACCGCACCUGCCGCCCGAAUGGCUGUAGGAUGCGUCGUUGAUCUCGCUUUGAAGGCAGCGAUGGGUGACAUCAAGAAUGGCUUUGCCGUCGUUAGACCUCCUGGACAUCAUGCGGAGAGCAAUCAAGCGAUGGGCUUUUGUUUCUUCAAUUCCGUGGCGAUCGCUGCUCGUCUGUUGCAACAAAAACUUGACAUCAGAAAGAUAUUGAUCCUUGAUUGGGACGUUCAUCAUGGAAAUGGAACACAACAUAUGUUCUACGACGAUCCUAGAGUACUUUAUCUCUCCAUACACCGACACGACGAGGGUAACUUUUUCCCAGGUACGGGUGGACCAACGGAAUGUGGUACAGGCGAGGGUUUAGGAUACAACGUGAACGUAGCAUGGUCUGGUGGAUUAAAUCCACCAAUGGGAGACGCCGAAUAUUUGGCAGCCUUUAGAACGAUCGUUAUGCCGAUCGCUAAGGUUUUCGAUCCUGAAAUCGUCCUAGUUUCUGCGGGUUUUGACGCUGCCGUUGGUCAUCCCGCACCUCUUGGUGGCUACAAGGUCAGCCCUGCGUGUUUCGGUAGAAUGACGCAACAGUUGCUAACUCUCGCAGGUGGUAAGGUCGUUCUAGCAUUGGAAGGUGGUUAUGACUUGGCAGCUAUCUGCGAUUCCGCUCAGGAGUGCGUUAGAGCUUUGCUAGGUGAUGAACCAACUCCAAUUCGAGAGGAUGAACUCACGCGGGCUCCUUGCCAAAAUGCCAUUGAUACAUUACAAAAGACUAUCGCCAUUCAGAUGUCUCAUUGGCAAUGCGUUAAACUCUUCGCUCAUACCGUCGGUAUGAGCGCAAUUGAGGCGAGUCAGAAGGAACACGACGAAACAGAAACAGUAUCUGCUAUGGCUUCGCUUUCCAUGCAACAGCCAACGAAUCUUACAACUACGCCGGAUCAUUCCCGAGAAGUCUCUGAGGAACCGAUGGAGCAAGACGAGGCAAAAUGAAGUCUACUCGUUUAAAAGAUGUUACCGAUUAUCGAGAUCAUAUUGAAAAUGAGUUGAGAAACGUCAUGAACGCGGAGGUAGAGGAACCGGAUGAAAAAAUGAAAACGAGGGAAUCUCGUUUUUUUGUUUUUCAAAGAUAAAUGUAAAUCAUGGAUUUGGUAUGUUUCAUUUGGAAAGAUUAAUCCAUGAAAAGUCUACGGUGAUGAGAUCGUCGACGUGUUGUUUAUCGCUAUAUCUGUAAGUCGUCGACGAACCUUUGAUGGCGUUUUUUUUUUUCUUUUUUUCUUUUUUUGAAAGACACAACAAAGCAUUGGAAAAAAGUUUGUCAAAUUUUUUGUCGAAUUAAUAUUGUCGUUCAACGAACGGAAUUGUGUAAACGCGCGAGUAACACUAUUCGCGUGUUAAGAUUAUCACGAAGCGAAAGAGCCAUUAUUUGUCGCUUCUUAAUUGGAUAAUCUAAUUUUUUGUCCUUUUUUUUCUUUUUUGUCUCUCUCUCUCUCUCUCUCUCUCUCUCUGACAUUUUUUUUCUUUUUUUAUCUUUUUCUUCUCUUCUUUGUUUCAUUUUUCUUUUCUCUUUCUUUUUAUUUAAUUGUCCAUCUCACAGAGUAUACGAUCCAAUUUCGUUGUAAAAAGUUGUUGUAACUUGUAUAGAUACAAUUUUUCGAAGAAAAGGGCUCAAGUAUGGAAGAAAUGAUUUUCGGUCCUCCGUUAAUAACAUUGGAAGUCUGUCAUAUAGAACUUCUUACCAGUGUCUUAUUAAUCAACAACGAAGGAUCCCCCGUGGUUUGAGAUAAGAGAGAAACAAAAACUGUCAACAGGCACGAACACAAUUCUUUUUAUUAACAUUAUAAUAUUAUAUAGAAGUUAAUAAAGGAGAAUUGACACGUAAAGAUAAUUAAUUAAUUUGUGCUUUAAUAUUUAAUGUGUAUCGAAAGAUAACAACAAACUACUUACUUUUUCUUUUGUCUCUUCUUUUUUUUGUUUUUUUUUUUCUUUUUUUCUUUUCUUUUCCAAUCCAAUUUUAAGCUAUACUCCUAUUAAAGAAUUGUAUUAUGUAUCGUUGACAGUGUUUGGAGUGUGCUUACUAAGGAAUAAGGUGUCUGUGUAUAUAUAUAUAUAUAUAUAUAUAUAUACACAGACAGACACACACAUAUAAAAUACAAUCUUAUGCUUAUCGUACUUGCUUUUCAUAUACAUUAAUAAAACGUAUUCUACAUCUUCUACGUACAUAAAAUUUAAAGUAAGUGAAAACGAGAGUGAUAGUGGUGGGGGAGGGGUGGCCGGGAGAGAAAAAAUGCAUACAAGACUUCGCGAGCAGAUUUAAAGAAUUGUCACAUUUAUGCAAUGAAUUGUACAAAUUGUUUGAAAAUUAAUCUAUUGUUGGAUCUACUCUGUACAACAAAGAAACUUUUGCCAUUAUUGAUGUAAACAAUAUUGUUUUGUAUAUAAUGAUCAUAUUUCAUUGUUUACGUUUAACGUAUUUCGCAUUAAUCCUAUUAUUGUGGCACAUUUUAAAAUGAAAAUUAUUCUACUGUGUGCUGCUGGUACAAUGACAUUUACAUAACACGAUGCAAACACACAUUAUAGCCAUUAUUAUAUCUUAAUCGUUCGUUAUUACUUAAUCGGUUGAUACGCAUCAUAUAAACCAUAUCCAUUCAAUUUUAUUAUCAAUUUAAGCAAAUAAUGUAUGUUUUGUUUUCUGCAAAAUUUAUUCGACGUACACAUACACCUUUCAUCUAUAUAUAUAUCAGCAACUUUUUCAAGACACACAUAUAUAUAUAUAUAUGUGUGUGUGUGUGUGUGUGUGUGUUUUAUGAUAAAAGGGAUUAAAGUAAGGUAAGAACAACGAAUAUAUUUAAUUGAUCGUUGUACGAGUCUUUUGAAAUUCUUAAUUAUAUAUUUCAUCUCAGGUUACGAUAUGUAUAUGUAUAUAUAAAUAUAUAUAUAUAUAUAUAUAUAUAUAUAUAUAUAUAUAUAUAGGUCUCAUUUUUAUCUUGCACGCGAAGUCUUUUCACGCCAUUGGCUGGCUGGAUUGCAUUGAAAUUAAAAUUUGAUAAGUGUAUUAAAAAGACAGUAGAGAUAAAGAUACAUUGUUCGUCUUCUGCCAAAAGGAAAAACAAAGAGAAAGGAAAAGAAAAAGAAAAAAAAAAAAAUAAAUAAAAAAGAAAAAAAAAGAAAGAAAGGAGAAAAAGAAAAAAAAAUUUAAUAAUAAUAAUAAUAAUAAGAAUAAUAAUAAUAAUAAUAAUAAUAAUAAUAAUAAUAAAAAAUUAAAAUAUGGCAAAGAUAUACUACGUGCGUUGUGCUGGUCACUGGCGCUUUGUUUUCACCUACAUACAUAUAUGAUUUUAAUUCUGUUUAAAAAACAUUCUUAUUUACGAAGAAAAAGCUGUCAUGGCACAGCCCGGAAGUCCUCGUGAACGGUAGUGUUUUAUGAUAAAUGACAUGAAAAGAUUUUUGUAUUAUUUAUGUAACACAACGGGUGAGAUUAAGAAUGGUAGCUGAUAAUCCUCUAUAAAUUAAUAUGUUAGUUCGAGGUGAAACAUUGUAUUUGUUAAAUAUUAUUUUUAUUUUGUUUUUUUUUUUUUUUUUUUUUUUUUUUUUUUUUUCGUCACAAGUCACAAUCAAUAUAAAGUUCGUAUCGUUAAACUUAAUAUCUCUUUAGUCUAAGUUUAAUAUAAUGUUAUUAAGUUUCACGUUAGAUAAUAAUUUUAUUUGUAAAACAAAGAAAACUUAAAUUAUAGAGGAUUAAUGAAGAAGUGCAUUUUUAGCGUGCUCGUUGGAAUGAGAUAUCCUCUUAGUGGUUUAUAUUUGAAAACAAUUAUGAUGAAGAUAGACGAGAACUUCGUUGAUGAAUUUUUUAUAAAAGUUCUUUUCUCCUUUCAAAGAUAUAUUACAUUUUGCACGAUCAGUGUAUUUCAAUGUACGAUCGAGAGAAGGUUUAUUACGCACAAACAAUUUUUUUUUUUUUUUAACAAUUUUUGAUCGUCCGACGUCUCACUCUCUCUCUCUCUCUCUUUCUCUCUCUCUCUCUCUCUCUCUUAUCGUUGGAUUGAUUAAAUUUUUCGCUUUAAGAUAAUAUUUGUAAAGCAAGUUUUGCAUGAUAGAUGAAUUUCUUGAGAAUAUAAUUAAAACAAAAAAAAAAACAAAAAAAAAACAAAAAACAAAAAAGAAAGAAAGAAAGAAAAAAAAUAAGUAACAUUUCAUUGGAUAUAAUAACGGUACAAGUUGCGCGUGUGUUUUCUUAACGUUUCAUGUAUUUUAUUCUUGCCGUAUAUAAUAAACAUUGUCAUGGGAGACACUGCCAAAUUGAACACAUGGCAUAAUGUAGAACGUUUAACGGAGUUUUCGUUUUUUUUUCUUUUUGUUUUUUUCUAUUCUUUUGUUUUGUUUUUUUUCUCUCUCUCUCGAGCAUGCAAAGGAUGCACCGAUGUAAUAUUACCGAUCCCGUAAUCUGUUACAAAUUUAAUGAUGUUAGAUAUUUGAAAAGAAAAAUAUAUAUAUAUAUAUAUAGUAUAUAUAUGUAUUAGAUUGUCCUUUGUAUUUUGUCAAUGUUGAAAGAACCAUUCACGAUGAUUUCAUUUCUUAUUACGGACAAAGGCUGGUGUGAUUUUUGUGAUAUUUUGUAAAAAGGUUUAUUAACGUAUGGUGUUAAUGAAGGGUGUAACGUUGCCGUGGAAUGCGGGAGAGUUAGAGAGAAUGUUAGAGAGAAGAAUGUCUGAGAGUUAGUAAGAGCUAGAAGUGAGAGAGAGAGAGAGAGAGAGAGAGAGAGAGAGAGAAAAUGGCGGAGAGACGACAGAAGGAGGAUAAGAGAAAAAUAUACUUCAGAUACAAGCAUUUAUUUUUGUGUCAUGCAUUUUACGAAAGCAGAGAUGAAUUUAAGAACAUUUAUUGAUAUAAUAAAAAGAACGAAUUAGAAGAAUAUAUUGUAUAUGUAAAGUGUUUGGCAUACAAACAAAAUAAAAAAAAAAGAAUAUAUAUAUAUUAUAUGAGAUAUAUAUAUAAAGUAUAUAUAUAUAUAUAUACAUACAUACAUACAUACAUAUAUAUAUAUAUAUAUACGUUGUAUAGCUGUAUAUCUCACGAUGAACAAAAAAAAAAAGUGGAUAUAUCGUUUAUCGCAAGAAUCUCAAGUGUUUGUUAAAUGUUGUCCCUAGAAAUUUACACAAAUGAAAGAGGAACAAGAGCAAUGUUGAAUUAUUGAAAAGUUCAUUUGCAGUGUAUUUUCAAUACGAGCCCAGCCUAUGUGUGUGUACAUCAUUUUACGAUAACAAUCUAACCAAUGAAAACUUAUAAUGAUUUUUGUAAGAAGGUCGGUUUUAAGUGUAUAUCAUUCGAAUGGAUGAUCGAAUUGAUUUUAUUGUAACAUUAUGGUAAAUAAUCUUAUAUAAAUAUAGACAAGUGUAUUUAACUAUUUAUAAUUUAAGAACGAGUCGAAUGACCGACUUGUUGUGAUUGUUAAAGCAAUCAUAGCGGCGAUGCAGGUGCGAAACUCGAACUUUUUGUACAAUAUAAAUUAAUCGCGACGAGAAAUUUAAUUUUCGUCGUAGGCCUACAGAAUAUGUACUACACUUAUGGCCGGUGUUAAUGAUGCAAAGAUGUCCUGUGUCCUUCUUUUUCUUUUUCUUUUCCUUUCUUUUCUUUUCUUUUCUUUUCUUUUCUUUGCUUUUCUUUUUUCUCUGUACUUUUGAUUGAUCUUAUAUUGACACAAUUUUAUUCUAUUAUUUGAUAAAUUAUUCAUUACAUAAAUCAUUCAAAAUUCUGUGAAAGUUUUUGUUCGAUAGGAGAAGAAACCGAUAACAUUCCUGUAUCAUUUAUAACGGAGCGAUACAAAUUAGAUAUAAGUGAUAUUACGCUACAUUAAAUGCAGAAUAUAACAUGAAGAUAACCGUUAUAAGAAAAUAUUGUUACAUGGAUGCGAAUAUGAUGUCUUUAAAGCAUAAGUUUAAUGCAAUAGCUAUACAUUUUUUAUGUAUAUAAAUGUACUUCGUAAUAUAAUUUUAAAUAAAAAGUAUAGUCAUUGUGUUA